AUGAGCACGGCCGAUGUGCAGCAAUCACAAGAAAGCCACCGGAACGUCGCCGUACAGGUCACCCCGACCACCGCGUCCUCCACCGCCUCUGCCACUGGCUGCUCGUUCUGCGACCGACUACACAAGGAGAUCCGGUACACGGUGAACGACUUCGGCCUUCGUCUUGACCUCUUCCUGCAGCGUCUCGAGAUGCUGGUCAUCAGCCAACAGCCGAACCGGCCCCCGGCGUCGCCGGACGACCAGCAGACUUCGGAUAUAACAGGUAAAUGUCUGGCUAAUGGACCGCAGUGUGAACCCUGA